AUGAUAGUAGGACCUUUGGGUACUGGGAAAACCAAUUCUUGGCAGGUUCUGCUUGCCAUGCUUGAGAGGCUUGAUGGCAUUGAAGGAAUUCCCUAUGUCAUUGACCCUAAGGCUAUGCACAAGGACACACUGUACAACACACUCAAUCCUACCACACAUGAAUGGAAUGAUGGGCUGUUCACCUACAUCUUGUGCAAGAUUGUCAAUGAUGUUUGUGGUGAAAGCAGUAAGAGACAUUGG